AUGGGGAAGAACAAAAAAAAGCAGCAGCAGAAGCAGCAACCUUCAGUCAACAAAGAAGUCCCCAAAUCCAAAUCCUGGCUCGACCUUCCAAACCAACUCGUUAACAGAAUAGAAGGGAACCCAAAUCUGGACAAAAACAUCAGUUUCGGGGGCAUAAUCAAGUCAUGGAGAACAACACCAAAGCACUGCAAUCCAGAUUCCAAGCUUCCCUGGCUUCAACUCUCCAACCCUGAUGGCACAAACAUUGAAAAAUAUCGCAUGCACAUUGCACAACGUGGCUCCAUCAGAACUUCAUUUGCAUGCAUGCCCUCGGGGUGCUGGUGCAGAUACUUCCUCAUAAAACUUCCAAGGUACCCUUGGAAGCAUUACGUGGGGUGUUCCAAUGGCAUCCUCAUAGCCGAGGCUGAACCCCUUUACGUGUACCAUCUGUGGAAUCCAACGCACAGAGAAAUGUUUCGUCUCCCUUUAUGGGACCCCAAGGUGCCAGUAAAACUCGCAGUGCUUUCCUCACCACGUGAAGAUCCAAAUUGCACGGUUAUGAUGCUAACGGGAAUUAGCCACCCCGCUUUUGCAUUCUAUAAACUGAGAAGAGGCUCUAAUAAUAGUAUGUGGAUAACAUCAGAUUCAGAACAUCAAUGGACCAUGGAAGAUUGUACCCUUACUGAGCCAUUAGGUCAACUACAGCAGGCUAUGCAAAUGCAAUUCGCUGAUGCCAUUGGUUUCAACGGUAAGUUCUAUGCUUUGAGUGUUCAGGGUAGUCUCGCGGUUAUAGAAGUCGUUGAUUCUUCCCCUAGAGUCACGGGUUUAAGUGCUACAAGGAUGGUUCCUUCGGUUUCAUCAAAGCACUUCAGAGAAUAUCUGCUUGAGUCUGAGGGAGAAAUAUUGCUGGUUUAUCUUAUAUCGAGAAAAUCAUCGGUGCACAAUGUGGAUGGUGUUGAGGUUUAUCGACUCAAUUUUGCUAGGCUCUCUUGGCUCAAGUUGGAGACACUUGGGGAAAGAGCAGUGUUUGUGGGGAGUAAUUGUAGCAUGUCUGUGAUGGCAAGUGAAGUAGGAUGUAGGAAGAACUGCAUCUAUUUUAGGCACCCUGUGGAUGAUGAUCUAUGGUGGGUAUAUGACAUGGAAUCAGGCAACAUAUCCCUCGGUUGGAGUGAGACAAAUCCAGCAACAUCUGCAAUUUGGAUUGAACAAAUAGAUGAGUAA